UCGUGAUCAUUACAGCUGAUUUUAAGUUGUUUUGUAAAUUUAUUCCAGUAGGUGUCACUGGUGAGUCGAGGAAAAACUCCUUUCCCAAGUGUAACGUUUUAAUUAAAAGAAAGUAAAAGGUUUAAUCAAUAAAAGAGACUAUGGAAUAUUCAUUUCUUGAGAGUCCAAAAUUAACGUAUUUAUUGUUCAAAAGAGACGGGGUCUCGCUAUGUUGCCCAGGCUGGAGUGCAGUGGCUAUUCACAGGCGCGAUCCCACUACUGAUCAGCACGGGAGUUUUGACCUGCUCCGUUUCCGACCUGGGCCGGUUCACCCCUCCUUAGGCAACCUGGUGGUCCCCCGCUCCCGGGAGGUCACCAUAUUGAUGCCGAACUUAGUGCGGACACCCGAUCGGCAUAGCGCACUACAGCCCAGAACUCCUGGACUCAAGCGAUCCUCCAGCCUCAGCCUCCCGAGUAGCUGGGACUACAGGCACGCGCCACCGCGCCCGGCGGUCGGAUACUCGCGCGGAAUAGCACUAGAAGCUGUGGUAUGGUGACGUCAUCAACUGGGCCAGCCCACAACGCCUCUAAGAUUUCAUUUUACUCACCCAGCGAAACAACUUGACCGCACUGCGCACGCGUUUCCUUUGAGCACUGCAUUCUGGGUAAACUGUCUCAAAAAUUUGAAGAGCGCAUGCGUGGGCUAGCUUCUUCCUUUUACCUCGUUGCACUGCUGAGAGCAAGAUGGGUCACCAGCAGCUGUACUGGAGCCACCCGCGAAAAUUCGGCCAGGGUUCUCGCUCUUGUCGCGUCUGUUCAAACCGGCACGGUCUGAUCCGGAAAUAUGGCCUCAAUAUGUGCCGCCAGUGUUUCCGUCAGUACGCGAAGGAUAUCGGUUUCAUUAAGUUGGACUAAAUGAUCUUCCUUCAGAGGAUUAUCCGAGGCAUCUACUCAGUGAAAAACCAUGAUAAUUCUUUGUACAUAAAAUAAACAUUUGAAAAAACCCUUCA